AUGAUGCUACCAAACAGAGCAGAGGUUGAGGCGAGGAUAACAACGACCCUGCCCAUCACAAGCGGCAUUUUCAACCAUCCAGUUGUUAUCCUCUCAAAAGAGGUUCAUCGUGGCAAGGUGGCAGUGUUUAUUGUGACGAGCUUUGACGGCACGCCGAUCGAGAAUCGUCAUCCGGAUCCCAUCCGACGACAAUCCUACCUCCCAAUACGUCCAGCCAUACACCCAGACACCCGCUGCGAUCUUAUUACUGCACACGGAAAGAUUAUGAAAAAGAAUUCCUACGUUAACAUCAAGGAUAUUCACGAAAUUCCGUUUGCAGCGCUUCGCUCUUGUUGGCGCGACAAUGAUCUCCACUUGGAGACAUCAUCCUACCAGAUACUUACCUCAGAAUUGUGGAAGCGAAAUCUUGGGGAACUGGCUGUCAGACUCAAAGGCCAUGGCAUAUUUGAGCGGGUAGCUCAGUCGGCUUACAGCGAGGUUCCUGUUCCCGUCCGUGUCAGCCAUCAAGGACUUGGUCGUGGUACGAGUUUUGCGAGGACAUCUCGUCCCCCUCUCUCGGCAACUUAUGGGACAUUCAACCAAAGCGCGACGGCGUCAAACACCCGAUCGUAUGCUUCAGUCCUUACCACUGCGAACGCUCCGAGAGUCUAUGCCUAUCCAAGCAGCGUAUAUCAACCCCAGCAAUCUGUGCCAGUGAGGCAGGGCGCUAUUCCAUCACAGCAAAGCCGCUUUAGAAUAGAGCAGCGUUACGACGAUCAAGUCGAUUCUGAAACAAAUGAGCCAAAUUGGCUUGCACCCAUAGCCAUCAUAUGUUUCCUGGUAGCUGCUUGGUACUGGUUUGCCAACCCGAUUGCGGAUUGA